GAUCCUAAAUUAUUUUUUUCCGGUGGGUUCGAAGUCCAGGUCUUACCUGGUCUCAUUGCUCUCUAUUUCUCUCUCCAGACUCCGUCUCUCUCUCUCCACAUACAUAGAGCUUUCAUUGUCAUCGAUCACAAACCCUAGAAAUCAAGCCCACCUGAAAGUUUCACUCUGCUAUCGGAUCAUCUAUGUCGCAAUGUGAGUACCGUUUGAAUGUCACGAAGAUCUGUUGAAAUUCAGGAUGCUUAGUUUCUGUUGAAAUGGUCAGUGGGAAUAAUUACUUCGGCAAUGCUUUUUGCAGUUCAAUCCUAAUUCGACAUUUUUCGCAAUGCAAUUAGUAUCAAAUGGUAGUCAGACGGAAGAUAGUUCAGAAACUGAACCCAUCUUAUGUCAGUCUAACAUUGUGCAAAGACCGGACGAUUCUUCCUCUUCAUAUGAGAUAAGAACUGUGGGUGGGGAUUGCUGUAUAACUGCUGAUGAUUCACUAAAUCUUGAUGUUGAUGAAAAUUCCAAUUUGGUGAAUGGAGAUCAUCCACAAUGCCGUAUAUGCCUUGACGCUGAAGGAGAAGACUUGAUAGCUCCGUGCCACUGCAAAGGCACCCAGAAGUAUGUCCAUAGAUCAUGCCUUGAUAAUUGGAGGUCAACUAAGGAAGGCUUUGCUUUUGCUCACUGUACAGAGUGCAGGGCUGUGUUCAUACUACGUGCAAAUGUCCCACCUGAUCGCUGGUGGUUAAGACUAAAAUUUCAGUUCCUUGUUGCGAGGGACCACGCCUUCAUUUUUGUUAUUGUUCAGCUGAUUGUAGCAUUUCUAGGCAUUCUGGUAUACAAAUUUUAUGGAGAUGAACUAAGGGAAAUGUUUGGGUAUGAAGAACAUCCAUAUGGGUUUUAUACAAUGGCUGUUCUAGCGAUUGUUUUAGUCGGUUUGCUCUAUGGGUUCUUUAUGGCAAUAAUCUGUGGACAGAGGAUCAACGAACGACACUACCAUGUUCUUGCCAAACAAGAACUGACAAAGGAGUAUGUGGUAGAAGAUCGAGAAGCAAAUAAGAAUGUUCCAGAACUUGACCCCAACCAUGUCACAGAGUUAAGAAUGUUGGGCCUCUAUUAAACUGAAAAUUUGUUCCUGUCAUCAGAUUUUUUUGGGUCUGUUGUCUUGCGGUAGUGAUGUUCAACUGGUGCUUCGAAUUUGAGAAACUCAACAUGGAAGCUGCCCAUUGUUAUUUCCCUACCCAAUGUUAAUUGGGAGUGAUUUUUUUUUUUUUUUUUAUUUGCCCCUUCUGUCGAACCACAUAGUCAACAUAUAUGUGUAGGUAUGUAUAUUUUAUAGCCUGGGUUUUUUAUGUUUUGUGCUUAUUCGUCCAGUUUUAUUCAGUUUUGUAGAGAUGGAUUUUCUCCAUUACCGUAUGUUGUUACCCUGGAAAUUUAUUUGUUCAUAAAGACAACAUGAAUGACUUUUCGAUUU